AUGAGUGUCGAAAGGCCAUCGUCAGCCGAGAACCGUGGUCUGGCCUGUCAAAGCUGUCGGAAACGCAGAAGAAAGUGCGACUUCGAGUCACCAUGCUCGAAUUGCGUGCGACUGGGCAUCGAGUGUAUCCCGAGCGAUAAAGAUUUGAGGCGUAGACGCCAUUCCGUCGGGUAUUUGAAGUCGCUAGAGUCGCAGAUUGCGCAUUUGGAAGCCCUAGUGGAAGACCUCAGAGCUGGCGCCGAAACUAACGGCGAAAAAUCAGCCUCUAACGUUGCAGACACUAGGAUACCGCGCACAGUGCAGUGUUUGCAAGCCCGUGGAAGCAUAUAUCCAACUAACUCGCUCACGUUGCCCACAAAUCGAGUCGCAACAACGGCGUCGUCUCCUGUGGGCGACGGCACAACGACUGAGACCCCACGCGUGCGUCUGAAAAACAUGUCACGAAGCCCACUGGUUUUGCGUGCUUUAUCGUUAUUUUUCAAGUGGCUCUAUCCGGGCCACUACAGCUUCAUCCAUCGUGAGACGUUUCUGAGUGCGUUUUUCGGUGAUCCUGCAACCAAGGGCUACUAUUGUUCCGAAGAGUUGGUAUAUGCCAUCGCUGCUCUGGGUUCUGUUUUGUCCGACAAAUCUGAAGAGCUCCACCAGCAUGGUCCGCAGUACUACAACAUUGCCAAGACCAUCGCACUGCAGAAAAUAUUCCAACUCAACGACAGCUCUCUGGUAGGGUCUACGUCCUCUGCAAAACUCGCUAUUAUACAAACUCUGCUAUGUCUUGCAUUCUACGACAUUGGAAAUGGUGAAAACCCACUGGCCUGGUACUUAUCAGGACUUGCCUUUCGGAUAGCGCAUGAAAUCGGGCUUCAUUUGAACUUCGAGUCCUGGAGCAAUGUUUACGAAGACGAGUUGUCAAAUCUAGAUAUCGAGGUGCGCAGUAGGAUUUAUUGGGGCUGCUACAUCGCUGACCAUUUGAUCUGUGUGUUGUUCGGUCGAUCCACCAGUCUCAGACUGUCGAAUUCCACUGUUCCCGAAACUGAUGAGCUGCCCGAUGUCGAAACCGGCAUCGAAGAUUACUUGUACGAUGCCCGUGCUACAUUGUCUAUGGCCAAGCCACUCAAACAGCUGAUAGUUCUCUCCAGAAUCACGGAAUUGUUUGCAAGCAAGGUAUUCAUCCAUUCAGAGUCUAUGGCACGCCGAAGUGAAUUUUUACUAAGCUUCAAUUCUGAGAUAAACCUGUGGCGCACAAAACUGCCCAAGGAUCUCCAUUGGUCUAAGGAUUCGAUAAGCACCGUGUCUGAUUUUAACCCUACAAUUGCAUACCUAUGGUAUCAUUACUACGUGGUGCUGUUGUCCUACAACAAGCCUUUUGUCGAAGAGCUUACCGAAAGUAAAAAAAUCGUAGAAGAGACAAUUGAGGAGAUCUGCUUCACCUUGCGAGCUUUCAAGAAGAAGUGCGGCACCUACGAAAAGAGUACCGUUUACAUGGUGUAUUGUGCUAUUUUGGCCAUACAAUGCGGCAAAUCAGGCGGUGCCGGUAACAGUCUUUUGCCUGAACUCAAAGAUUUUUUGGUAUGUCCAACAUUGAACUAUGAACUGGGCAAGAAGUUUGUGGAAAAAGAAGUAGGCGACGAGUCCACAGAUCUGUUCGAUACUCUUUUACACGGCAAUGAUUUUGCACUGGAGUACAAUUUCGAUUUCACACUGCUGAACGAAAUAGAUACGCUAAUAGGAAAUUCGCAGGGCAAGCGUGGCUAA